AUGAUCAACCCGACUAUUCUGGGUGUUGCUCUUGUGGUGGCACUCGGUGGAUUUGUUUAUGGAGUAGAUGCAGGAAUUAUCGCAACAACACUUGGCCACGAUACUUUCAAGUAUGCCAUGUUGGGUCCAACUGGUGUAAAUGCUGGACUCACUGGAGCCAUUGUCUCUCUUUACAACGUUGGUCAGGCGAUUGGUACCUUUGGCGCUGGCUAUUCGGCCAAUAAAUACAGCCGACGGUGGACUAUAUGUGCCAGUGCCAUCAUCGCGAUUGUGGGUGCUGCAUUGCAAAGCGGGGCUGUCAAUGCCGGGAUGAUGAUCGCCGGUCGUUUCCUCGCUGGGAUGGGAUGUGGUAUACUUCUCGCAGUUGUUCCGAUAUACAUCGCCGAGAUCUCCCCACCAGCGCACCGUGGAAAGAUCGUAGGAUUGCAAGGUAUGAUGAUGGCGAUCGGGUUCUUUGCUGCAAAUUGGAUCGGAUACGGUGGUGCAUUUGCCAAAGGCGAUGCUCAGUGGCGGAUCCCUCUUGCGAUGCAGAUUCCGGGCCCCCUCGCGCUAGCAGCUGGCUGCUACUUCAUUCCAUACAGCCCACGUUGGUUGAUAGGACAGGAGCGGUACGAGGAGGCGCAUGUGGUCUUAAUGAAGCUAAACCAGGACGAAGAUGCCGUCACCAGAGACCUGAACGAGAUCAUGGAACACAUUCAAACAGAAGCAACUGUGACCUCCGGAGUCAAGGAGUCACUGACAAAGCUUGUUUCGCGUCAGUACCUGCACCGCACACUGAUGGCCUGUUUCCUUCUCGUCAUGGGUCAGUUCAGUGGAUCGUCAGUGAUACAAAAUUAUCAAAGCAGCUUCUAUGCUGCUGUGGGAUUCACUGGAAAGACCUCGCUAUUGAUUAGCGGCGUGUAUGGGAUCAUGGGGGUGAUUGGCCAGGUCAUUUAUCUGUUCAUUGCGGCCGACAAAUGGCCUCGCAGUCGCACUCUGUGGGUAGGAUCUCUGUUCUUGUCCGCAAUGAUCGCAAUCUGCAUGGCCCUCUCGGCCUUGUAUGGGGGCUCAGACGUGGAAAACAUCAGCGGUGCCCGGGCAGCCAUUGCGAUGAUAUUCCUUUACUCUUGCGGGUAUGCGGUUUUCUUCAAUGCAACAAUCUGGGUAGUUCCAUCCGAGAUUCUUCCGUUCACACUUCGAGCGACGGGGAUGGGACUUGCUGUGUUCUGUAAGUCUGUCUCGGCUAUCGUUUUGUCUCAGAUCACACCCACUGCGCUUGAAAACGUUGGCUGGCGGUACUAUUCACUUUUCAUUGCGACAAACUUGGCUGCAGCAGUGGUGUACUUCUUCUUGCUGCCGGAGACCAGUGGGAAAACCCUGGAAGAAAUUGCCGAGCUCUUUGGAGACCCUUCACCGGCGGCCAUGGAGAUGAAAAGUGUCACUCACCCUGCCAUGGAAACGAAUGUGGAUGACUCGAAUGCCAAAAGAUCACACUCGUCUCAUGUUGAAAAUGUCGUCUAA